UACCGUGGCUCUGCUUGUAACCAAUCAGAUGGUGCUGUGGGUGGGACAAUGCAGGAGACAGAGUAGUGACAGCAGACAGAGAGGCGUGGCUGCAUCAGAACCAAAAUAACCCAGUUUUAAAUCAAUCUCUUAUCGGCCGUCGAAUAAAAAAAAUAAAAAAAGGUGGAUGUCGAUAUACGUCAAAUGCUUGAUAUCGGCGCCGAUAAUCGGUCGAUGGCUUAAUUGUCCUGACGCUCUCCUGUCACCUCAAGCGUUCACGUCGCCCUUUCCUCCUGCCAGCCUACUGAGGGAGGGAGAUGGCAGAGAGGUGACCAGAGGAGGCUUGGGAGGAAAGAGAGAUGCGAGGCAAGGCUAGACAGAAGUAAAGAAGAGAGCUGUGUGUGUGUGUGUGUGUACCUAGGUGUCCAGGCUGGGUGCCUGACAUGGCUCCCUCCAGCCGGCUUUCUCGAUGGUUCCUGCAGCAAAUGCCAUGGGAUUUGUUGUCGGGAGUAGCACUGCAGUGGAGAGGUGAGGCCAGGCAGCAGCAUGAGUGAACAACAGCAGCAGCAGGAGUCUGCCUCGGGUGAAGCAGGCAGCUCUGGCCACAGAGGAGAGAGAAAAUUUUUGUGUCAGCAGUGUGAUAAAAUUUUAGCAUCCAGAGAAGGGCUCAGACUACACACCCUGAGGCACAGAGGUGUUAGAAAUUAUAAGUGUCUGGAAUGUGGAAAGAAAUUUGUCGCAAAGUCUGAACUCAACACACACACCCUGAGGCACAGUGGUGUUAAGAAUUAUGAGUGUGUGGAAUGUGAAAAGAAAUUCAUCACAAGGUCUGAUCUCGCCAUACACACCCUGACACACAGUGGUGGUAGGAAUCAUGACUGUCUGGAAUGUGGAAAGAAAUUUACCACAAAGUCUAGCCUCACCACACACAGCCUGAUACACAGUGGUAUCAGAAAUUAUGAGUGUCUGGAAUGUGGCAAGAAAUUUACUAAAAAGGCUCACCUCACCAAACACACCCUGAUACACAGUGGUGUGAGAAAUUAUGAGUGUCUUGAAUGUGGAAAGAAAUUCACCACAAAGUAUAAUCUCACCACACACACUCUGACACACAGAAGUGUUAAAGAUUAUGAGUGUGAGGAAUGUGGUAAAAGAUUUCCUACCAUUGCUACUCUUGACAGACACGCCUUCAGACACACUGACUUGAGGGAGUUCAAGUGUGAUGUUUGUGGCAAGUGUUUCAAGACAAAGCAUGAAAUUGCCCGGCAUGUGAAGAUCCAUUUUUGAGGUGGUGUGUUGUGUGGAUUGGUGGGGCCACAACUACCCCUGUGUGAGUGUGUGGCGGCAGUGGUAGGCAGUGUGUUAGGCCUGUAGUGGCAGUCGUGGCCUUGUGUCUGCUGUGAGGGAGUAAUCUUGUGUCUGUGACUUAUUGUUAAGUGUAGUUUCUUUUCAACAUUUGAGGUUAAAACAAACUUCAAAGUCUUGUUAGUCGUGUGUGGUGGUAUGUAGAUUACAAGUGAAGAAAUUAACAUAUUGUAACCACCGUCUUUCUGUUCUCUUCUUCCUUCAAGUGUUGUGUUUCCGCUUCCUUCAGUCUCCCACCACACGCUCCUUUCCUCAAGUGUCACAAAAAAGACCUCUAAGAAAACCCACCGCAGACUAAAGGAAAUAAAGAAACUAUUAAAAAUACAAACAAAAAAAUACACUGUACUUGUAAAAGAAGAGAGAGAGAGAGAGAGAGAGAGAGAAAUAAAGAUAUGAGCAACAUGAAAACCAGAUAUAUUUUGCUUGUUGGUCCUUUCGAUGUUUAGAUAUUUUAAUGCUGUCAUUUAUGAAGGGAAAAAUGAAAGAAGGAAUGAAAAAAAGGUCUCCUUAACUUUUUACUGUUUAAUUAUAUCAGUGGUCUUGUUAAUAAAAGUUGUCUUAUUAUUGAUAACAAAACUGUCUAUCAA